CCGCCGCGCGCCGCCGCCUUCACCGUCCGCCGCGCCGGGAAGGUGAUUUGAUUUCGUCUGCUAAAAGUGAGAAAUGCCACUUCAUGUUCGCAUAAGGGAGAAGACAAGCAUAGCGAGCUGGGUGAGUUUCAGGAGGAACUGGAGUGGUGGUGGGAUUGCCGGGGGGAAGAAGAGUGGCAAAAGAGAAGAUGCUACAAGGAAAGGAACUAGGACAGUUGGUGGAAACAAGAGUGAGAAGAGAGAAGCAUACAAGGAGACAAGAGGACAUGCUGGACAGAGGAGGAGGUGGAGCGAUGGAAGUGGUCGAGCAGAUGCGGAGAAGAAUGCAUCAGGGGUUGUGAGGAGGAAAAGUAAGGGUGAUGAUGACAAGUGGAAUGGUGAUCACGGUGACACAUCGUAUUCUAAAUCAAAGCUGAUCAGAAAUGGCCCUUCCACUAUGACACGGGGAAAGGCUUCUGCGAGAAAAGGUAAUAGAUUUAGGUCUCAAAGUUCAGAUGAGGAUGAUCUGCACACAGUGAAAAGGAGUAACAACAUGGUUUCCGGUGUAAGUAGAGGAGGAAGGAGUAAGCGGAUGGUUUCUGGUAUAGGUAGAGAGGGAAAAGAUCAAUCAGUGCUCAGUAAGAAUGCAGAGGCAUCCAAAGGGAAGAGGUUUGAUACAUCUACUAGAGUUAGUCAGCAAAAAGAGGCUGCCACAAAUGCCAAUAUGGAUGAUCAUGUUGCAGAAGGAAAGAAGUCAGAUGAUCCUAGCCAGAUUGCCGAAGAGAAACCCCGCCCUCGUCGUACUCGAGUGCUGGACAAGACUGGGAAAAAAAUUAGGGUUGUGAAGAAGGAUUCAGUUUCUGACACUGAGGAACCACUUCCUCCUAAGAAGAGAAAGCGGAUGAAACUGGAUCCCUAUGACACAUCAAACAAAAGGCUCGAGGAUUCUACUACCAAUAAGGAUGUUUUCAGUGCAGAGAAAAUUCCAGAAAAAAGUUCACCUGAAGAGACUGAGAUGUCUAUAAAUUCUAAAUUUCGUGCUAUACAGCCAAGUUCCUCAAUCAUUUCAUAUGUUGAAGACAAUCUACUAGGUCGUAGGCGCCUGAAUGAGAUAAAAAAUGCUGGCUACAAUGUUAAGCUCUCUGCUCCUUUGGAUAACGUGCCCUUCUCAACAAACGCUGAUCGGGACCGCAUCGAAGAAAAUGUGUUCAGAAAUAAGUUGGAAUUCUUUGCUGCGGCAAAAAUCUCGUCAUCAUUCCCUCCUCCUACAAUUCCAGAGAUAGCAUUUGCAGGGGUAUCAAAUGUUGGGAAAUCAUCACUACUUAAUGCACUCACAAGGCAAUGGGGUGUUGUGCGGACAUCAGAUAAGCCAGGACUUACUCAGACUAUAAAUUUCUUCCGGCUUGCAUCAAAGCUAUGCCUUGUUGAUCUGCCUGGAUAUGGUUUUGCUUAUGCAAAGGAUGAAGUUAAAGACUCAUGGCAAGAGCUGGUGAAGGAGUAUGUUUCAACCAGGGUCGGCCUAGAAAGAGUGUGCCUUCUUGUGCACACUAAACGUGGAAUGAAACCGUUGGACUACGAACUUGUAGACCUAAUGGAAAGAUCCAAGACACCGUAUCAGAUUGUAUUGACCAAGACUGAUUUGGUUUUCCCUAUAGACGUGGCUCGCCGUGCUAUGGAAAUCCAAGAGAGUCUGAAGAAGAAAAAGUCAGUGGUCAACCCGGUGAUGAUGGUGAGCUCUAAAACGGGAGCUGGUGUACGCAACCUGAGAGGGGUGCUUGGGAAGUUAGCUCGCUUCAUCAAGCCAUAGCAAAAGAAGGUUCAAAGUUUGGGGACUAGUGUUUCGGGAUAUUUAAAGAGUUUAGCUCUUAAGCAAUUCCCAAAUUAGGUUAGAACUUGAGACCAUCGAUUUUGGAGGCCAUUUUCCUUUCUGAGCCGAUUGUGUCGCUCGGACAGCACAUCCUGCUACCUUGUCUCACUUCCUCUCUCUCCUUCAGCUCAGAUUGUGAGAUUGUGAUGACAUGGAUGGGCUUAUCGUUUAAUUAGCCCUUAUUAUAGUUGUCCUUAAGCUAGUAGGCAAAGCAACACAAUCUAUCUAUCUAUCCAUCACCGAUAGGUUUGUGGCAGAUGAAUGGAUUCAGGGAGAACAUUUUUUAGUGCUUGUGUUGGGCUUAUUGGGCCGACAUGUGCUUCUUAUUCUGAUCUAUUGGGCUGAUAUGUGUAGCUUGUAAAGCCCAGUUAGGCCCAAUGAUGGGGAGAUGAUGUGGCCUAACGGUUUAAGCCUAUGCCCUUUUCAUUUUUUUGCCUUUAUUCUGUGUGUCCUUGCUCUCCCUCUUUCUUGUGUACAAGUUGAGAACACAAAAUACACAAAACCAGUACUUGCUAUCUUUUUUCCUAUUUAUUGCUGUU